GAUGUUUUCGCCAUACAGUGCAGUAAUCGCGUACUUGGUUGCGUUGUGCCUUCCUUUUGGAACCUGGUUGUUUUGUCCUUUUCUAACCGACCUUCUUAGAUCCUCUUUGGGACGAAUUCGCUUUUAGCAUCAAGCUAGCAGGCCGUUGUCAGCCGUGAGCAGAAGCAAACCAGCAUCUUCAUCAAUGGUGUGUCUACAUACAGCAGCCGUCACAUUGUCCUGUGCGUGCUCAAUGAACUGUCUCCUCAGCUCACAUCACAGCUGCUCAUGUAUGGCAGUUGCAAGGCGUGAAAGGGAGUUCUGCCAAGCCCAGCACCUACUGCUCAUUGUGGACAAGUGAACCACAGACACUAGAAAGACAAAAGCACUGCCAUUCACACACACAUACCCACAAGUCUUCCCUGCCAUCCUGUUUAACCACGUGAAGAAAUCUUGGUGAACAGCACAGGCUUUGAUUAUUUGUGGUCUCAACAUCUCCACUUUUCCUCUCAUCGCUUGAUUUCAUUUACUUCUCUGGAUGGGUUAACAUUUUCCAAAGGAAGCCUGGAUUGAUCUGAUUUCAUUUGCUCUUGUUUUCCCAUUUCACUCCAAAGAUUUUCUCUCCCAUUCACAAAACUUUUCCAUUAAGUAGCAAACUUCCGUGGGUGUGAAAAUGAACCGACUUGCACCAGUGGAAAUCUCUUAUGACUCUCUAAGGUUCCUCAUCACACACAACCCCACUAAUGCACAACUUGGAAGGUUUAUAGAGGAUCUAAAAGCAUAUAGAGCUAACACCCUGGUAAGAGUGUGUGCUGCCACUUAUGACAAGGCACCAGUGGAACAAGAAGGCAUUCGUGUCAUGGACAUGCCAUUUGAAGAUGGCUCUGCCCCUCCCGAUCAAGUGGUUGAAAGUUGGCUGAGUCUUUUGGAGACAAAGUUCCGAGACGAGCCUGGCAGCUGUGUGGCUGUGCAUUGCGUUGCUGGAUUGGGAAGAGCUCCAGUGCUGGUAGCCCUUGCUUUGAUCGAGUGUGGGAUGACGUAUGAAGAUGCUGUUCACUUCAUAAGACUGAAGCGUCGUGGAGCAUUCAACUCAAAGCAGCUGCUUUUCUUGGAAAACUACAAACCAAAACUGUGCUUGCGCUCCAAAGAUGCGAACAGACAGAGUUGCGCAAUACAAUAGGAAUCAGCAAGCACAGCUUAACCUCUAAAUCUUCGCUGUAGUUUCAUCAAUGGUUCUAGCAUAUUUUGAUGUUAUUUCUUUAUUCUUAAAUUAGUUCAAAAUGUUUCAUCCAUUUAAGAUUAUCCAAGCGGCAAUUCCACUUUGUAGGCGCUAGAAGACUUCUCGCCUCUCACCUAUGGGACUUGGCGUUCUGUUGACUAUUUCAAAUCCAAACCGCACAUUCUCCCCUUUGAAGUUAUCCCUCUGGACUCUAACGGGCACUUUUCCAGCCUUCUCUGCGACACCGUCAUGCACUUCUGAAAGGAUUCUUCUGGGAUCCUCUACAGGGCUGCACUCGGAGUCAUUUUGAUGUCGGCCACAUCUUCAAAAGAAGUCUCCUUGAUGACUCCCUUGGCUUGGGAAAGAGAAAAAAAAUCACACAGAGCAGAGUCAGUUCAAUAGGGAGCGGCACGGCAAUGUUAUUCUCAGCCUGGAACUGUCGGAAGAUGAGGGCAUUUUGAGCGGCUGCGUUGUCAGGGUGAAGCAGCAACAAGUUCUUGCGCAUGGAAUGAAGCAAACGCCCUGUGGCAUGAAAAGGCAGAAUAUGAUGGACGGCUAUCAAAUUGAAGAAUUCAAUCAACAUGACUUUGGAAUCCGACUGUCUUACUUUCUUAGGCCAUGCCGAUGUUGGACUCUUCCACUGAAGGCUCUGGUGGCCUUUGGCCUCAGAGUUAUACUCAAAGAUCUCCCUCCCGAGUCUCAUCUCGUCUCUUUGGUCUUGUCACUCACUCUGCUAUUUGCUUGAUGACGUGCCACAGAGGGGAUGUAUUUAAAUGCACUUGGGGAGAAAAAAAUCAAUGGUUUCAGAGAGCCGAGGUAAACAGGCUGAGCCAAAAGUCGAUAUACACUUGACAUAAUAAUCUGGUGUUUGUGGUCUGAGGUUGGGACAAAAAGUGGAGA